AUGUCAUAUGACGACAAGUAUAGACACUUCUCCAUGGCAAAGAUGAGACAAGUUUUAAAUAUUUACAAUAACCGUAAACAAAAAGGUUUGGGAAACCACUCCCCCGAAGAAAUGAAAAACAACCCUGACUUAGAGAAAGACUAUAUAUUUAAUAAUUUAGUCAAAAGAGACAAACAAGAAAGAAUGCCGGGCUUCAAACUUCAGAAAGGUGACAAAGUAAAAAUAGAAAUACCUAAACGCGACCCAUAUGAAAAUACUAUUGACUAUGACAACAAUGGGAACCCGACAGGUACUCACAUUCGUGUUCGUAAAAAUAGAAGAAAGUAUACAAGAGAAUAUUAUGAAGUUUUAGGCAAACAUGGCAAAAUGUACAGACUGCAAGCAGAAGAUAAAACUACUAUUGUCAGACCUCGUUUCAAACUUGUCAAAGUUCAAGGUGGUAUACUUUCAAAGACAGUUCCUAACAAAUAUAAGACAACUCCUGACGAAUAUGCUAAAGAAGUUGAAAAUGACGACUAA